AAACUCUAUGCUAAACAGUUCACAUGCAUUAUCUUAUUUUCUACCAUGACAACCCUAUAGGUAAACACUAUUAUCAAUUCUACAUUUGAUACUGAAGCUCAGAAAUGUUAAAUAACUGGCUCAUGGUAAGCUACCACUCUGGAAUCAAAAUUAGACAUGAGUUCAGACCCAGUUUUCUCAACCAUCAUGCAAUACUCCUACUGUCUUUAUCAAUAAUAAUAAUUGCUGCUCCUAUGUAUUUAGCAUGUACCAUGUUCCAAGCCUGGUGCAUAUUUUACAUUAUUACAAGUAUCUGAACUUAAUCCCCAAAACAUUUACUGCCCAUGAGUGGGUAUUGUCCCCGCCCUCUCCCAUCACUUUGUGACCAUGGAUAAGUUAUUUGACCUCUCAAACUCAGUUUUUCAUCUAUAAAACAAGGACAAUCAGAAUUCACAGGGUUUCUGUGACAAUUCUAGAGACUAUAUAAAUCAUCUAGCACAGCAACUGUGCUCUGGAAACAAAUACACACGCCCUAUUCUGAAAACACCUUUGCACACAUGCAGGUGAAUUCAUUCAACAUUAGAGAAGCAAUUUGCAAGGUAACAUGUUAGAAAUAUCAUACACCAAACCCUGAAGAAAAUGCCUCAACUCUUUAUCAGCCCGAGCUAGGCGGAAGCACUUUCUUACAGAAUGAACCCAAGUUAGUUUGCAAAUGAAAGAAAAGGGGUCUUUCUGGUUGGCAUAUCUUACAAAGACCAGAUAUGGUCAGAGUGCCUCCAAAGAUGAUUCCAAUAGCCCACAUGUAUGCAGGAGUGUAUCUUCCUAUAAUAACCCAGGUUGGCCUGGAACUUGCGAUUCUCUUGCCUCAGCCUCUUGAGUGCUGGUAUUACAGGCAUGCACCACCAACCCUGACUAAAGGAGUAUAUUUUCCUAAGCAAAAGUCACACAUAGCUCAAGAAGUAGGUUAUGUUUUCUUUAAAUUAAAGUUUAAUGUACGUACAAUAAAGGGCCCUAAUCUUAAGUGUACAUUAGAUGAUUUUUUUAUAUGUGGUUACACCCAUUUCACCCACCCCAGUCAAGAUAUGGACAUCUUGCAGCACCCCAUAAAGUUUCCUCUAACCCAGAGUGAUUUAAAUUCAACAAUGAGCACCUAAAAUAAGAAUUGAAAACCAGAAAGCAAGCAGACAACUUAAAAAGCUGGGCAACUAAAAGGAUGGAUUUAGGGAAGGAUAUUAAUAAGAAGAGGACAAACCCUGCUUUUGUCUUCUUUAGAAAGGUGGGAGCAGAGUGCUUCCUCAAAUUCACCAUUAGUGUUCUGAUCCUCAAAAUGACCCCGCUGUAUAGUCUGCUUAAUCCUCUUUUAGCACGACAGGAAACAAACUGCAGCACCAGGAAACAAUCACAUACAAGGUUUGGGAGAAUACCUUCACCCAAAGCAGGAGAACAGGUUCCAGUCUGCCCAGCAAAUCCCGCCACGUGGCAGAGGGACAGGGCAGGGCCUGGCAUCAGGUUACCAGGCAGUGCAGCUAACACCUGCUGGUAUAAAAGCUCAGGCCAGCUGUCCCGGGCACGGGUGCUGAACCCGCGGCGCGUGCUUUGAAUUUCCUGGAAGCUGUGUGCCUCCCCGGGUGGGCGACCCGGGCAGAACAGGGCGAAGUCACCUGACAUUGUUUGGAGAAGCAAUUUACAAGUUUGCAGGUGGAGCAUAAAAGCUACACGUUCCGAAGUGCACGCGAGAACGGAGUUGAGACAGGACAGGAGGAAAACAAUGUUCCAUCACUGAAAAACAGUUUACAAUAGGGGCGUAAGUUUCAGUUUGCCCUGUCCCGGGGGAGACAAACGAAACAGAAAGGACCAGAAAGUGCUGCGCUCUGCACGGCUCGCUGACAGUUGGGGUGCAUCUGUGUGUUGCAGGCAGACUGUCUUCACAGAGGGUCGCCCCGACCCCCGCACCUGCCUCCCAUGUGGUGCCUGGAGCGGCUCCUUUGGGGCAGGGAUCGGAUCCUCCGGACUCGCGCCCACCGCUCCAGGGCGCGCUCUCCCGCCGCGUGCGCGAACGUGCUCACCCCGGACCGCAUCCCCGAGUUCUGCAUCCCGCCGAGGCUCGCGCCCCGCUUGGCCCUGGAUGCUCUCCGGAACUCUUGUUGUGAAGAGGCCAGGAUGGAGGAGGGUGCGAGCCGCACCGACUGGGACCCGCGCUCGCAGGCAGCGCUGUCGCUGCCGCACCUACCCCGCGCCCGCACCGCCUACGGCUUCUGCGCGCUCCUCGAGAGCCCGCACACACGCCGCAAGGAGUCGCUCUUCCUCGCGGACCCCGCGCCGCGCCCCCGAGCCCGCACCUACGGCGGCGGCGGCGGCGGAGACGCGCUCCUCGCGCCCCCGCGGGCCCCGCACGCAGCCCCGGCCGCUCCCUGCCCGCCCCGGGACAUGCCCGUCCCAAGGCCUCGCCACCGCCGCCGCCGCCGCCUCCUGCGCGCCCCCGACGGGCUGCUCAGCCGCGCGCUGCGGGCCCGGAGGAGUCGCGGCCCGGCCCGCGCCCGCUCGGUCUCCAGCGGGGACGGCGACGACGGCGACGAGCGCGACGCCCGCGCGCGGUCCCCGACCCCGGCCGCCGAGCGCCUGGAGCCCGAGGGCGCCGAGGCCCUGGACGCCGACUUCUGCGCGCGUGGCGGGCGGCUCCGCCUGCGGCUGCUGCGCACCAAGAGCCCGGCCGCGGGCGCCCCCGAGACCCGAGCCUCCGGCCGCCGCCUCCGCCUGGGCCUGCGGCCGCCGGGCACCACGCGCGAGCAGCACCGCUUGGUGCUCGGCCCGAGUCGCGGGGCCGCUCUGGACUCGGACUUGUGCUGCGAGGCGGCCGCGGGGGACCCGGUGUGCCGCCUGACCGUGCGCGUCCCGGCCGAGGACACGGGCCGCCCGCUGGGCCGGCGCUCGCUUCUGCUGGGCUGAGGACCAGCCCGCCAGGGACUCGCACACUGACCGCCGCUCCGUACAAAAUAAACGUGUUUUUUUCUAA